CAUCUCAUCAGCUCCUGACUUUCUCAAAGCUCCACCAGAUAUCCAGCAUCUUCGACCAUUGUCCAUCUUCUCCGACAUCUAGAGCUCCUCCUGUCCAAGCUCUUCCUCAUACCACGCUUGAGUAGACAUCGAUUGUCUCUCACCCAACCGCAGUUGAAGUCCCUUGUCCAAUCGUUCCGAACUACAAGCCCACUCAAGCAACCCGAGAAUCGCUCAGCCCUUGAAACAUGUGCUUCUUCGAUCAACACCGGUUCGUGUGUGGCGACUGGAAGUGGGGCCACUUCCGCCAGCACUGCAAUCGGGAGUAUCGCAUCGGUGAAACGUGUGGCAUGAAGCUCAUCAUGUCGACGGUCCCGGUGGGCCAGAAGUGCAAGCUGUGCGAGAAGAUCGACACCAAGAUGCGUCGCCGGGCCGCCGAGGUCGAGCGCAUCAACCGAUGGCAACGCGAGGGAAACAAGUUCCGUGCUUCCAUUGACAAGUCGAUGGAGAUGAUUCACGGUCUUGACGCCGAGAUCUAUGAGCUUGGGUGCGAGCGGAAUAGGAGACUCCAGGGCAUCGGCAGCCAUGGCUAGGCGGGAGCGCGGGAACGGGUGUCGGAGUAUUUUCGUUUCAUGUACAACGUUUCGUUCUUCUGCAGUGACUUGGAGUCCACUCAUUCUGGAACAGGGGAAUUUGGAUGAUACGGAAAGAUUGAUGUUGGAAGGUGAAGGAGGAGCAAGGAAAGGGAGAGCGGUACCUCUUACAGUCGCUUGUUUCUCAAGUAGCUCUUCUGUCAGGUCUAAUGAUGCAACGAUUUCAACUACCUC